UCACAUAUCUUCUGUCGUAACUUAACUAGUAACCUCGACUUGAUCCUUUGCUAUAAAUUAAGCAGAGGUUGCUUGUGGCCGAGGAUAGCGACCUCAACUUGAUCCUUUGGCAUAAAUUAAGCCGAAGUCGCUUGCGGUCGAAACUUGUGACCUUGACUUGAUUUUCUGCCUUAAGUUAAGCCGAGGCUCAACUUUGUGUUAACAGAUUUGGAUUAAUGUGACGUUAAUUGCAGAGCGCCUGUCUUAAAAUAAGCCGAGGUCAAUCGUGGAACUCUUUUACCUAACAAAUCUACAUAUCUUUAUUAAAAAAUAAAUAAUAAAUUUGGUAAUAUGAGAUUAUUAAGAAUAUUCCAAACAAAAACUUCGUAAUACAUCCCCAAUUAUAGGUCUUGAAUACAACUUUUCUUAAUCCACUUUUUCUGGUGCGUUUUUCCACCAAUAAUAAAUAAUAAAUCCUAUAUAAUUUAACAACCUAUAAGAACCAUUUUUAGCGCCCCAACACGUUUAUUCUCGUAACACCUCAAAAAUGAAUCACUCGAAACCAAAAAAUUACUUCAAAUUCCAUUACGAUGUCUUAAAAAUUUUUGGUAUAUCAAUCGAAGAUUUUCAAAACCCCUUCAUUGAAAUCAUCUACAAAACUUACGCGAUAAUGGUGAUAGCACUCUUUUUUUAUAUUUACGCAAUAACAGAAAUAGUUGAUUUAUUACAAACCUGGGAAAAUCUAGAAACUUCAACGUUUACAAUGAGUUAUUUAACCAGUCAUAUUUUGGGAAUUUCCAAACUAUCGAUUGUGUUAAUCUUCCGAAAAAGCAUCGACAAAUUCUGCAAAAAUCUUAACGAAGGUGUAUUCAAACCAAAUCCUUUAAGAAGUGGCCCUCAAGAACAAACGAUCAUUUCGAACGCAACAAAAACGUGCAAUCUACAAGGUUCUUUUUUUCACGUUUUUGUCAUUUUAAUUGUGGGUCAAAGAGCUUUAUACGCCAUUUUGGAUAAGGGAAGAUACGAAAAUUAUUUCGACGAAAAAACAAAUUCGACCUUUCCGAAAUUAAUAAGAACUUUACCGUAUUCAUGUUGGUUGCCAUUUGAACCGAUAGAUUCUCCUUAUUACGAAUUGGGGGUGAGUUACCAAGUGAUAAGCGCCUGCUUCUUCGGGUUUAUAAUCGGCGCAAUUGAUGCGUUAAUUUGCGGGAUUUUAUCGCAUAUUAAGGCGCAAUUUUUAAUAUUAAAGAAUUGUUUAAAAACUUAUUUUGAGAGAGGCGUGUAUUUAAUGCAAAAAGAUGGAUUUGAACAAAUCGAAAGUAAUAAUCACGUCCUUCAAAAAUAUGUCGAUAUCUGUAUUUGUGAUUGCAUAAAACAUCAUCACGCGAUUAUUGAGUUAGCUGAUGGUGCUGAAAUAACUUUUAGUUUGUUGAUGUUGAUACAGUUUUUGGGGAGUCUCUUUUUGAUUUGUUUUCAGUUGUUUCAAUUAUCUUUGUAUGAAUUGGGUUCUUUUAGAUUCUUCAGUAUGAUUUGUUACCUUUUCUUGAUGUUGUAUCAAAUUUUGAUUUAUUGCUGGCAUGGAAAUGAGGUGAUGCUGGUUAGUAAUGAAAUAAUCGAUGCCGCUUUUGAAUCGGAUUGGAUUAAUGUAAGCACUUCUAGCCAAAAGUCUUUAUUAUUAAUGAUGAUGAGAGCUCAACGCCCCAUAAAAAUGUCUGCGGGGAAAUUUACGUUUUUGUCAUUGGAGACAUUUAUGGCUAUAGUUCGUGGAUCCGGUUCUUAUUUUAUGGUCCUUCGAAACAUGAAUAUCAACUUGAAAUAA